UCCCAAGCAACAUAGCUAUGUUCAUUUGGUUAGUUUUAGUGAUAAUUGGCCUCAUUGUUCUCGGACUUGUCAUGCUUGGAGUUUUUCCGGAUGGUGAAGAUCGACGAAAAAAUUGGGAAGAAGUACUCAAUCAAAUACUCAAUGCACUCUUCAUGAUAAUGUGUGUUUAUCAGCAGCCGAAAUUAUUCCAUCACUUGGUUAUUGUGAAUCGAUGGAGACCUGAAGAUAAGUUGGAAUUAAGGAAGACAUACUGCAAAGAUACUACUCCCAAGCCUCAUGAAAGAGCUCAUUUGCUGUUUGUUGUGGUUUUACUGCAGAUCACUUUUGUGUCUCAGUAUGUGCUCUGUGGUCUCUACUGGGGAUACUCAAGAAAAGCCCGACCAGACUGGGCGGUAAACACAGCCAUCGGUGUCGGAAUUGGAGCUCCAAUUAUAGCUGCUGUUUGGACAGUUAAGAGUCCUUUAGGCAGGCGAUACGAAUCCGAAACAAAUGAUGAAGAAGUACAGGGUGAAGAAGCUGCCAUUCAAUUAGCAGCAGACACAGAGCUGAGAUUGUAUAAUCAGGGAGUUGUCGUCACAAGCCCACAGUGGAUCGGAGGCCUCUUCCAUUGUUGUGAUGACGUGACUGUUGCCUGCCUAUCCUUUUUCUGCAUGUUCUGUGUAUUUGGUUGGAACGUCGAAAGGCUUGGCUUCGGUAACAUGUAUCUUCACGUAAUCACAUUCAUGCUAUUCUGCAUUGCUCCAUUCUUGGUCUUCAGUGCAACGGCUUUAAGUAUCGAUGAUGAUACUGUAAGGUACGCUAUGGGGAUAAUCGGCAUUCUACUUUGUUUCUUUGGUUUGUUGUAUGGAGGAUUUUGGAGAAUUCAGAUGAGGAAAAAGUUUAAGCUUCCGGGAAAUCCAUGCUGUUGUGGCUAUCCAUCUGCAACUGAUUGUGCAAAAUGGUUCUUCUGUUGGUCAUGCGCUUUGGCUCAGGAAGUCAGGACAGGGAAUUUUUACGACAUUGAGGAAGAUAGUUUUUAUAGACGUGUGACUGAUCCAGAAGACGGGAGGCUGGUGAUCGGAGAAGGCGGCAUAGAGAUGUCGAUCGGCACCGAAUACACACCUCGGAGCCAUUCAUGUCCGCCUAAAUUAGGAACAAGCAAUGGUGUCAACCAAAUUUUGCCUCUUUCCUUUGAGAGAGCAGCAACAUAUGGUCAUGUUCAUGUAAUGCAGCCUCCUCUUCCGAAUCUAAUCAACAUGCAACAGAAUUAGCAGUGAAGAUUUUAAUGGGUACUUCUGCAUGAUUUUGUUAACUCUGGUUUUUACGUAUGUGAUUAAUAAUACAGAAUUUUGUAAGCGAGUAUGGAAAUGUAAAUAUGUUAUCUUCUAUUGUGAUUCAUGCAUCAAUGCAUCAUCUAUCUGGUUUGGUA